AACACCGAUUUAGAGCAGCGUCACACGCGUGAAUUGGCGGAUAGAUUGACUAUUGGAUAAAUCAUUGAGGGAAAAUGAUGGCGAAUAAAAAGUUCAUUGUCGUGUGCACAGUUUCUCUGACAGUUUUGUUUAGUAUAGCUACGGUAUCAGCCUUCGUUGAAGAGCUCGAUGACACGUUUAAACACACAAGAAAGCCUGACGAGAUAUGGCUGAUAGGAUUCUACGCACCCUGGUGUACCUAUUGCAAGCAGUUGGACCCAGUGUGGUAUGAAAUCGGGGCGGAGCUGAAAAAUAUAGGAUCUCCAGUCAACGUGGGCAAGGUCGACGCAGACAUCCACACCAGUUGA